AUGGAUGGCGACUACGAUGGCGAUUGCAACAAGAAGGGGAUGAAUCGAAUCGAUCUCGGUGGUGCAAGGGGCGAUGAUUUCGGCUUGAAGAGGGUUAUGGAUCAUUCAAUGAAUCCAGAGGAGAAGGUUGAGGCAAACAAGCCAAUCUUGAAGAUUACGGUGCCUCGGUUUGACAAUGCGGAUUUGAUCGCGUCUUAUGAUAAGACUCUCAUUGGGCGGUGCAUGAACCCUCAGAAACAAGAUAUGAAGGUCUUGCUGUUCAUGCUGCCUCGUAUAUGGCAAGUUGAGGAACGUGUGGUUGGAACGGAUUUGGGCUUAGGGCGGUUCCAAUUUGUCUUUCAGGAAGAAGAAGACAUUGCUGAGGUACUCAAGAUGGAGCCGUUCCAUUUUGAUUACUGGAUGGUGUCUUUAGUGAGGUGGAAGCCGUUUAGGGCCGCUCAAACAUUCAGAAGUGUGGGUGAGGCAAUCGGUAAAGUCCAAGGAGAGGUUGACUUACGAGAAGGACGAGUUCGUGUGGAGCUCGAUGGUUUUAAACCGUUGGUCUUCUCUAUGGCAAUUGAGUUUGAGGAAGGUGUGGAGAUUAUGGUGUCGCUAAGGUACGAAAAGCUGUUUGGCUUCUGCAAGGAGUGUUUUAGCAUGACACACGACCAAACUAGGUGCCCUACGAUGAAGAAAGAGGUGACGCUCGUGGAAGACGAGAUAGGGACUAAACCGGUGGCGGGGCAACAAGCUUCAAGCUACAAAGGUGCUGUCACAUAUGGUAAUGGUUCUGCUGACACAGGUAAAGAGGGGCAGCAUUACAGAGCCAAUCUGAAAAAUGGAAAUAAGGGAAAGAGAAUUAUGAGGGAGAGGCCGGGACCCUACAAGCAAGCUGGUAGCUACCAUGCGUACAAAGAAAGGCUCCCCAGAGGAAAUGGCGAUGGGUCCUCAUUUAGAGGCAGAAACUAUGGCUACCCUGAUAGGAGAAAUGGGACUCAGGAUGGUGGGUUUCAGCAUCCACGAAAUGGAGAGGAUGGCCACCAAAAACUGAUGAUGGACGCCUUUAAAAGCGAGAAUCGCUCUUCAAAUCAGAUGGGCUCUCAAUCUACAGAUGUGAAGAAACGAGGUGAAACUCCUAAAGCUUGUAAGGCUCUUCUGUUCAAUGAGGACACAGUGCUAGAGGUAAACAAGGAGGAAGUAGCGGUAGAUGGGUCAAGGGAGAAACAGAAUGAGAUGGAAGCGGUUCAAGUGCAACGGGUACCCGAGGGUAUGAUGGUGCAGACGACAAAGGAGGAUGAGAAACCUGAUUCAAACCCUCUUGAUGAUGCAAAUCUGAUGGUGGAGGGCGCCAUUCUCUCGGAUUCUGAGCUACUAGUUGAUGUGGAGGAGGGUGAAUACCAAGAGUGGGAACAAGGGGAGAUCACAGACUUCAUGGAGGAGGAAGAAGUGGUGGUGCAAGAUAAGGAAGUUGGCAGUGAUGUGGUGGAAGCACAAGACCAGGAAAUAGAGGCUGACGAGAUGGGAGAAGAGGGACGAGACAACAAUGAGGAGACUCGUGAGAAGCCACCAAAGAAGAAAGGAGCAAAGCCAGGCCCACUAGCGAUUGGAGGUUCUAUGAAGAUGCGCCUGGUCCAAAGUCUGGUCUCACCCCGCAAGAAAAAUGUGGCCAAGAUGGGAGCGAAGACUGGUGACAAAGGUGCGGGGGCAUCAAGGAAGGCUACAAUGAAGCCAAAGACAUCUGAGUAA